AUGAAGUCUCCCAAGAGCAAGUCGGCUGCCAACACCACCGGCCCGCGGCAGGUGCGCUUCACGGAGGAUCGCAGCAACCCAGGUGCUGCCUUCCCCGUUACCCAGGGAACCGACACCUCGACCGCUCCUGCCUUCAACACCCACGAAAGCGACGCGGGUGCAGACAGCGGUGUCUUCGUCCACACGUCAACCAAUCCAUCUGCCUCAGUCAAUCUUGGCCAUCACUUUCCUCCCACACCCUUCGGUCAGGCUGCUCACCCACACCUCAACCCUUUCAUACCCUCCACCUCGCACCCCGCCUACAUCACAGAGACCAACUCGUUCGCGCCUUUCGGCAAAUUCAACCCGUGCGGACUUUCCGCGCCUCCCUACGUCAACAUGGGCGACUACCAGAACGUCGCUCCGCCUGCUGGUGGCCUUCACUUCCAGCCGCCGGUCCCCGACACCACCUACGGCCCCAUGCAGCACGUUUACGUGCCUCGCUUCGACAACGGAAUGCCUCCGGUCUAUCAAGUCGGUCUCCCUCAUGCUCAGCAACCCCCCGCCAACAACGUCACCUACAUUGGCCAGGCUCCCCCUCAGCCUCCCAUCAUCAUGACCCAGCAGCCUGCUAUGCACGCGGGCAUGAGUAUGCACCCUCCGAUCAUGCUUCAGGCUCCUCCCGCCGGCUUCAGCGGCCCUCCCAUGUUCCAGGGUGCCCACAUGGGAAUGAACAUGCCUCCCAACAUGGGCGGAGGUGGAAUGCCCGUCUUCCCAGGUAAUACCAAUCUUCCUCCGGACGUCACUGGAUAUGGCAAGACUGCUGGAGAGGUCGCCAUGGAGCAGGCCCAGUUUGCCUAUUCCAAUGGCCUCUUCGAGCCCCAGGACUUCAAGCCUGCGGACGAUGACCCAUCCCGCUACUAUCCCGUUCGAGAGGUUGACGGUAACUGGACCCAGCGCAAUCGUUUCACUAUUGAUAACCUUGGCGAUUGCCGUUGGUAUGUCACCAACGAGGGCUACUUCUACGCCGUCCGUUUGCCCAACUGA